GACCAAGAACGGGAACGGGGCUUAUCUGAGCUUUUUCUGAAAUUCGAUUCCGUUUAGAUAAAAUAAACGAUGCCGUUUCUAUUCGAUUAAGAACAUAGCGCGCCAUCAAUGGAUUGAAAAACAGCAAUAAACUGUGUUAAAACACUGAAACUUUGAUUUCUAAAAAUGCUUUUGUAAAAUUGAUAUAGGGAAAGAAGAAAUUGUGGAAUUCCUUGGAGUUGGAGGCUUUGAGUUGAGGAAGAUUAUAUACUACUCCAGUCUCCAGUACUAACUCUAUCUCCAUUGUUGAAGAAGCCCUAGUCAAGUUUUGCGUGUGAUGGGUUUUUAUGGCCUUUUAGAUGACUGUUUAACCGGUUGGUCAUCUAAUUGAGAAAUGCCAAUGGAUUCAGAAGUUGAUACUCUUGAGGAGAAACUUACAUCUCUACUUGGUCAGCUCCAAAUCGAGUGUGGUAUUUUUGAAAGAAUGGUCUACAAAAACAAGAACCAGCAUAGGCGCUGCUCCUACUUUCAGUAUCUAUUGAAGGUAAGAAGGGAUUUGAGACUUCUACAAUCAGCUAAGUUGGAAGAUAUACUCAAUUCUUGCUUUGAAGUUAUCACUGGGAGAAGACCUAGACAGAAGGUGCAUCUUUUAGAGAGUUUGAAGAGAAGAAAAUGUGAGGGUGAAAAAUAUAAUUUCAUGGAUCGUCUUUUGGGAGCUGCACGCCUUCUAUCACAGAUGGUUGAGCCAAUGUUGAAGGCAUCCAUUGAGAUAUCUAUCUUGCUUGCCCGAUCAUUUUUCAUGGGAUUUUCUCAGACAAUUUUGGCUUUACUUGCUCGCAUCCGAGUUUUGGUCCAACAAAUAUUACUUGAUGUUGUUUCAGUAUUCAACAUGGUUUCUUCUCUUUCCCGAAAGAAGCAAUCUGUAAAAAUAACUCAAGAUGGACUUGAGGUCUUCAGGGAGAUCUUCCCAACAAAAGAGGAAUUUGCCACCUUAGAGUGUGUAUGGAAAUCGGAUAAGUUUAUAUUACUUGAAAGAAAGCAUAAGAGUGAUAUUUCAAGUCAUGAUGAGGAUCCUGAAGGGAAUGCAUCUAUACCAGCAUUAUCUCUAAAGUAUCAAAGUCUUGAUUCUUUCCUUGGAGAUGAACCUCAUUCCAAAAGGAUGGACGAAGACCAUGCAGCCAAAAAAGAUCUAACUCACACUCAGGAGGGCAAUACUGAUUUGUCUCCAGGUGUCUCCAUUGGAGAUGACGAUGGGAAGGUGGUUGAAGGUUGUUCAAAGGUAGGAGACGCUUCAAGCAUUGAAGAGAUCCCUAGCAAGGAAUUCCCACAAGGCGGCUUGCUUCCGGGUACAAGCUCCUUUCCAAGUUCAAAUGCUUCUUCGAAACUGCAGUCUGGAUCAAGAAGAGUGGCAUUUGUAUCAGUUAAAAAUCCACAACCAUCGGCAUGUAGUGUAAGCGGAAUUCAUUUAAAGCAAACAGAAAGCAAAAGUGAUAGCAAGGAAGAUGCGUUUUUUAGUUUACUCAGUGCUGGAAACACUAAGGAUAGUCUCUUCUAAGUACCAUUAUUCAUUAAUUAAUAAGCACUUUAGUGAUAUAACAUAUAUAUAUAGCUUUGCUAUGCUGCAUAUAUAUAUAUAUAUAUAUAUAUUUUUUUUU